AUGCCCUGGCUCGACAUGAUGCUCGCCAUCAUCUGCGUCUUCACGGGCGCCGUCGCGGGCGCCGUCCUGCGCUACCGCGACGACGCGCUCGGCGCGAAGCUCGAGAAGAGGGCCGCGGGCCUCGGCAUCUGCCUCCUGGCCGCCGCCGUGCUCGUCGCCUCCGUGACGAACGCCAAGGCCUUCGGCAUGAUCCCGCCCAAGUGCUGGCUCGCGGCGGUCUUCCCCUGCCCCGUCGCGCUGGCGCUGGGCUACUGGCCAUCGCGGAUCGCGGGACUGAGCCCGCUCGACGCGCGGACCGUGGCCACGGAGGUCGGCGAGGCGAACAUCGGCGUCGCCUACGCGAUCCUGCUCCUGCUCUACGACGACGACGACGACCGCACGCGGGUCUUCGCGGGUUUGAUCGCGUACACGGUCAUGAACGAAAUCUACAUCUUCUCCGCGGCGGCCUGGUGGCGCUGCGGCGCGCCCAUCGAGAAGCCGCCGCCGUCGCCGCGGCGGCCCUCCGGCGCGCUCGCGGCGCCCGAGGACGCCGGCGACGUCGAGGCGCCCAAGGGCGACGCGUCGGGCCUCGAGCUCGUCGCGAUGCUCGGGGGCGGCGGCGACGACGGCGGCGACGACGCGGGCGGCGAGCGCAAGGACGAGGGCACCGAGGGCGACGCGGGCCGCGACGCGGACGCGGGCCGCGACGCGGACGCGGGCCGCGACGCGGACGCGGGCCGCGAGCCCCGCGCGUCGUCGAGCGACGUCGACGUCGACCUGCCGCGCGGCCUCGACGCGCCGCCGGGCGGCCGCGCGACGCUGCCGCCGCUCGCGACGCCGCGGAAGGACGGCGAGGCGCGACCACCGGCCGUCGUCGACUCGCCCGACGGGGCCGCGGCGACCUGCGGCGUCCCCGCGGGGAGCCUCUUCUGCGCGACGGCGUCGUGCGGGCCGGGCGCCUACGCGGCCGCCGACUCGCCGUCGAAGGAGGCGACGUCGCCCAAGCCCGCGCUCGACUAG